UUUCUUCAACACUACUCCCCCUCCUCUACCCCCAUCCACCACCACCACCCCCUCCCCCUCUUUCGAAACUUUAUCACAGAAAACCCAAGAAAAGAAAAAUGAGACUUCUCCUUCUCCUCCUCCUUCUCCACCUUCAAAUCUAUGCACCCACCACCACUGCACGCACUGUAUCAGAAUAUGAAGCUCUCCUCUCCAUAAAAUCCGCCAUCACCGACGACCCUCAAUCAUUUCUCUCCGCAUGGAACUCCACAACCCCACUUUGCUCUUGGACUGGCAUCACCUGUGACCACACUGGCCGUCGAGUGACCUCCUUAGACCUCUCCGGUCUCAACCUCUCGGGCACUCUCUCCUCUGACAUAGCCCACCUUCGUUACCUUCAAAAUCUCUCCCUGGCUGUCAACCAGUUUUCCGGCCCAAUCCCUGCCUCACUCUCCGCCGUCACUUCUCUUCGCUCCCUUAACCUCUCCAACAACAUCUUCAACUCCACAUUCCCUCCACAGCUCUCUUCCCUCAAGAACCUUCAAGUUCUUGACCUUUACAACAACAACAUGACAGGUGGGUUGCCACUAACCGUAGUGGAAAUUCCAAAUCUCCGGCAUUUACACCUCGGCGGUAACUAUUACUCCGGGAAAAUCCCAUCAGAAUAUGGAAAAUGGGGGUUUCUUGAAUAUCUUGCCAUCUCCGGUAACGAGCUUGAAGGUCGCAUUCCUGUUGAGUUAGGUAACUUGACUAAAUUGCGUGAACUCUACAUCGGGUAUUUCAAUACUUACGAAGGUGGUUUACCGCCUGAGAUCGGUAAUUUAUCCAACUUGGUUCGUUUUGACGCUGCAAACUGUGGGUUAUCCGGCCAAAUACCGCCGGAAAUUGGCAGGUUACAGAAGCUGGACACAUUGUUUCUUCAGGUUAACGGGCUUUCGGGUUCGUUAACUCCAGAGCUUGGGAGCUUGAAGAGCUUAAAAUCCAUGGAUUUGUCGAAUAAUAUGUUCACGGGGGAGAUUCCUACUAGUUUUGCAGAGUUAAAGAACUUGACCCUUUUGAAUCUGUUUAGAAACAAGCUGUACGGAGCAAUCCCGGAGUUCAUCGCCGAGUUGCCGGAGCUUCAGGUGUUGCAGCUGUGGGAGAAUAAUUUCACUUCAACUAUUCCACAGGCUUUGGGUCAAAAUGGGAAGCUUGAGAUUUUAGAUCUUUCAUCCAAUAAGCUUACUGGGACUUUGCCUCCUAAUAUGUGUUUGGGUAAUAAUCUGCAAACUUUGAUCACUCUUAGCAAUUUCUUGUUUGGCCCCAUUCCUGAAUCGCUUGGACAAUGUCAGUCCUUGAGUAGAAUUCGAAUGGGAGAGAAUUUUCUCAAUGGUUCAAUUCCUAAAGGGCUUUUUGAUUUGCCAAACUUGAGUCAAGUUGAGUUGCAAGAUAAUCUUCUAGCUGGGGAGUUUCCUGUGAUUGGUACAUUGGCUGUGAAUCUUGGCCAGCUUAGUCUCUCAAAUAAUCGCCUCACAGGGUCUUUGCCUCCUAGUGUCGGUAACUUUUCUGGUGUUCAAAAGUUUCUCCUUGACGGGAACAAGUUCAGUGGUUCAAUCCCACCUGAGAUUGGAAGAUUGCAGCAACUUACCAAGAUGGAUUUUAGCCACAACAAGUUUUCAGGUCCCAUUGCUCCGGAGAUUAGUCAAUGCAAGCUGUUAACAUUUGUUGAUCUCAGUAGAAACGAGCUUUCAGGUGAGAUUCCUACUGAGAUUACAGGUAUGAGGAUCUUGAACUACCUGAAUCUCUCAAGAAAUCAUCUUGUUGGUAGCAUUCCUGCUCCUAUAGCCACUAUGCAGAGCUUAACUUCUGUUGAUUUUUCUUACAACAAUCUUUCUGGUUUGGUCCCUGGUACUGGUCAGUUUAGUUAUUUCAAUUACACUUCGUUUUUGGGUAAUCCUGCUCUUUGCGGUCCCUAUUUGGGCCCCUGCAAAGAUGGGGAUGUAAAUGGAACUCACCAGCCACGAGUUAAGGGGCCGCUCUCUUCUUCUCUGAAGCUCUUGCUUGUUAUUGGCUUGCUUGUUUGCUCCAUUGCGUUUGCGGUCGCGGCUAUAAUUAAGGCCAGGUCGUUGAAAAAGGCCAGUGAGGCUCGUGCUUGGAAAUUGACUGCUUUCCAGCGCUUGGACUUUACUGUUGAUGAUGUUUUGGAUUGCUUGAAAGAAGACAAUAUUAUUGGUAAAGGUGGUGCGGGGAUUGUUUACAAGGUUGCAAUGCCAAAUGGUGAUCAUGUUGCUGUGAAAAGACUACCGGUGAUGAGCCGUGGAUCUUCUCAUGAUCAUGGAUUCAAUGCUGAGAUUCAGACCUUGGGGAGGAUUAGGCACCGACACAUUGUUAGAUUGUUGGGGUUCUGUUCUAACCACGAGACUAAUCUCUUGGUCUAUGAGUACAUGCCCAAUGGGAGCUUAGGAGAGGUUCUUCAUGGCAAGAAAGGAGGUCAUUUGCACUGGGAUACCAGGUAUAAGAUUGCUGUUGAGGCUGCAAAGGGCCUUUGCUACCUUCAUCAUGAUUGCUCCCCAUUGAUUGUUCACCGUGAUGUGAAAUCGAACAACAUCCUUCUUGACACCAGUUUUGAAGCUCAUGUUGCAGACUUUGGCCUUGCCAAGUUCUUGCAAGAUUCUGGCACAUCAGAGUGCAUGUCUGCAAUUGCUGGAUCUUAUGGAUACAUAGCUCCAGAAUAUGCCUACACACUGAAGGUUGAUGAAAAGAGUGACGUGUACAGCUUUGGUGUAGUUCUCUUAGAACUCGUUACUGGUAGAAAACCGGUUGGAGAAUUCGGUGAUGGUGUGGAUAUAGUUCAGUGGGUUCGAAAAAUGACAGACUCAAUCAAGGAAGGAGUUUUGAAAGUCCUGGACCCAAGACUCCCAUCAGUUCCGCUUCAUGAGGUGAUGCAUGUGUUCUAUGUUGCAAUGCUUUGCGUGGAAGAACAGGCUGUCGAACGCCCAACAAUGCGAGAAGUUGUUCAGAUUCUAACAGAGCUUCCGAAGUCACCAAGCUCAAAACAAGGAGACUCAGUAAUCACAGAGCCCUCGCCACAUUCAGCCGCCACCGCAGCGCUUGACUCUCCUAGUUCAACAGCUAAAGACGUCCCAAAAGACCAUCAGCAGCCACCACCUGCCGAUCUUCUUAGCAUUUGAAGCAUGUUGAAUGGGGGGUUACUGUUUGUUACCUAAAUUCCAGGAAUUGUGUUAGUUUCUGUCCGUCUUUGUGUUCCUUUUCAUUUUUCUGGGGGGGGGGAUUUUCUCUAAUGUUUGCAAGUAUUUUCUUUUUCUUUUUUGUUGUACAGUAGGUUUUGGGGGAAGGGAGGUAUUUUAUUUUCUUAAAUUAUAAAACUUGACUUCAUCCAUGUAGUAAGUACUCACUGCCUGCUGUUGCUGA